UUUCACACGGUCCAGGCUGAAAAGGACUCACCCUACUACUUGUUCGCUUGUUUCGGACUGGCUGCUGCUGCUGAGCGACUUGCUAUUUGCUCUUAUCCACAGCAUUUCCUCGUGGACGCUGUUGUUUACUUGUAAACUCUGCCUGGUCAUCAUUUGCAUGUGAACUUCGACUGAGCGCGGUCUGCCUCACUCAAGUGCCCGUUACAGCCUGAAUCAGCAAACUUCAAGAGAAAAUAUUGACAAUCUUCUACGAGAGAGAGAGGACAUGGCUUCAGAUAUAGGAAUGCAACUAGCAGAGGACCAGAUCAAAGUAUUGGAGGAGAACUUCACUAAAGUCACCAAGCAUCCAGAUGAAACGACGCUCAUGCUGAUAGCUGCAGAGUGCGGGUUGUCCGAGGAGGAUACAGCUAAAUGGUUCAGGCUACGUAACGCUCAGUGGAGACAGGCAGAAGGACUGCCCGCUGAACUGGGAUCAGUGAAGGACUGAGGAAAAGGAGUCAUCCUUCCUUUUCCCAAAAAAGAGCCCCAUCUCCUCUGUCUCCAUCUCCUCCACCCUCUUCGGGCUGCGGUUAUCUGGUCUACGCUGCCCAGAAGCUUGACGCCUCUCCUUGCCCCCUACCUUAUUUUAUAUCAGAGUCGAAUAUGCUAAAUGUGAAGUGUACGUUAAGUCACAUUUGUGUUGUGUUAUGUUAUUUUAUUUAGACUGUUUUUGUGCUAAUAUUACGUUUACAUAAAUAAAAUAUAUUCAGUCUCUA